UGCAGUAGUGGGAGUGGGCGGUGCAGCAGGAGAGAUUAUUUUGGUCUGUCUGAGCUGGGGGCUGCUGAGCGAGCAGGGCCUGGCCAAAAACAGCUCAGGGGGGUCGUGGGGAGCACGCCGGGACAGACAGGGUGGCAAGGCAGCCAAAAUGGCCAACAAAGUCAUGGACCUGAUCUACUGGAAGGACACGGAGCGAACGGGAAUAAUCCUGACGGGCCUGGUGGUGGGUCUCCUGUGCCUGUUCCAGCUCAGCAUCAUCACUGUGGUCUCCACGGUGUCUCUCGCCGUCGUCUGCGUCACCAUGUCAGUGCGUAUCUACUACAAUAUCCUCCAUGCCCUCAAAUGGGGCGACGGAGAACACCCUUUCAAGUCCUACUUGGAGAUGGACAUCAGUUUGAGCGGAGAGCAGGCUCAGUUGUACAUGCAGAAAGUCAUUGUCAUGACUCUGCAAGCUGUGGACAGUUUGAAAAGACUCUUCUUGGUCAGCAGCCUCUUUGAAUCCCUCAAGUUGCUGGUCCUGCUCUACCUUGUUACCUACCUGGGAGAUUUGUGCAAUGGCCUCACCCUCCUCAUCAUCGGUGUGAUUGGACUCUUUUCUUUGCCACUUUUCUACCGUCGGCAUCAGGAGAAAGUAGACGGCUUCAUUGGAAAGAUCCAAGCAAUCGUUGACAAUGUUAAGGACUUCUUUCAAAGAUUGGCUCACAGCGGUGCUCUCCCGCCCAACCUGCCCCCUGGUGAUGAUGCCAAAGAAAAAAUCCAAUAAACACUGAUGGAUGGAUCACGAGGAGCUGCGGGCCCGUUACUCCAAUGUCUUACCCAGCAAGCCGUCCGUCCCAGCUCCGCACGACCAAGCUGCUGAGUUCCGGAAGGAUGAUGUGGUGUUUACUAAGUUAUUGGGUUUUUCGAGGGUUGAUUCUUAAUCAAGACGUAUGAAGAAAAAAUAUUGUUUUUUAAUACCCAAGUCUGUUGAAAGCUGUCGUCCAAAUGAGGCUCCUGAAACUUUACGUUGACUUGCGUUCUCAUGACUGUUUCAUGUGUAUGCGUGCGUGUGAGAAAAAGAAAUCACUCAAGCAAUUAAAGUCACUUUUUGUCUUUUUUCCAGA